AUGAAACUCGCAGUCACAGUAUUGGCAUCAAUCCUGUUUGCUUGCUCGGUCACUACAGCCAAACCAGUCAAUCCCAGGAAAACUACAAGUGCCGGAGCUAGUACUUCAACCGUCAUUCCCAGUGCACAAGUUAUACCUCCAAUUGAUUUUAGUAAAUUUUCAAAGGAUGAUGUGGAGUUGUUUGAAGAAUAUCUAGAAAAGGAUCAAGAAUGUGAAGAGAUAAAGAAAGCGCGUGACUCGGCCAAAUCUAAAGAGCUCAAUCAAGAAGAAUUGUUAAAACGCCUAAGUGGAAAGAAUUACGAGCUGUUCAUGAAAUAUCCGAACAAGGAUGAUCCAGUGUAUCAAGAAGAGAAAGAGAUAAUUAAUCAGAAGUUUAAUGAGGAGGGCGAAAAAUUCUUAAGCCUUCAAGAAAAGCGUCUGAAACUCGAUGACGAUCUUUAUCACGCUGGCUUGUUGCUUCGUAUAGCCAGAAAAGAACUUGCAGGGCUUCUAUUCAAAAAUGAUCCAAGUACAGCAUCACUGCAUUCUUACAGGAUAUCUCUGGAACUAGAUCCCAGUUUUGUUAAAAAUAUCUAUCAAUCUCUUAUUCUCCAACUAAACAAACAGUCGGGAUCCAAGAAAGCCUCUACUAGUGGAACCCAGAACCAAUCAAAACAUCAUAAAAGUCCAUCAUCAUCAAGCAAAACGUCUACAGACCAACCCACUCAAACAUUAUCCAGUACACAAAAAGCUUCCAAAUCUUCCAAAUCUUCCAAAUCCCAUUCUCGAUUUUCUCGUUUAUGGAAAACUUCCAAAUCCAAGAAUGAGCGCAAAUCAUUUUCGAGUCCACCCAGUUCUGAAGAUUCAGAUGAAUCACCCGUUUGA